CAGGAUUUCAACUCCUCGCAACAGUGAACACUCACACCUUCACAACGCAUCGUGAAUUUGGCCUUCCAUCAACCAGCGCUGCCGUCUUCGCUGCUUGUGCGAGUGCAAGGCUUUUCUUUUGUAUCAUAAGCAUUUAGGUAGCUCCUCGAAUUACCUGAGAAUGCUAUAAAGGCCUUUUGUCCUGCACAGCGCGUGAACGGACGUUGUCGCAAAGCGACUCAACAACGCCACCAUGGGUGAUGAGAACGGGGAUGCGAAGGUCGCAUCGACAAAAGACGAAGCUCAAUGGGCUGAGCAAAUUGCUGCGGAUGAGAUCGCCAUUGCGCGCCUGUUGUCGGAAAGCCAGAACGAUAGCGCCGGACUUAAGCUCGACGACACGCCAUUCGAUCAAACAAACAAAGCCGACGACGCCGAAGACUUUGAAGAUAUCAGCGACGAUGACUUGCCCGACGAGGAGCCCAGCGCAGGCCAAUCAUUAGAAAUACCAGCGCUUACGGACGACGGAGGUACUAGCAACGAUGCGGAUGACCUUUUUGGUGAAGGUGCUUCGUCACCUAUUGACCCUAUUCUCGACGAGACCUCUCCUGGACCGACAGUGCGCGACUUCGACGGUGUAGACCAGACACAAGCAACGGAUAUGAGCUUGGACUUUGCCAUUAAUUUCGAUCCUGAGCCACACAGGUAUGGCGCUGCCAACCAAGACCCCGACAUCCCUGCACCAGCCGAAACGGUCGAAGAUUUACUGAAAGCGACGUGGCCCUCUUUUGAGAAAGGCAAAGUCCUCACCUGGAGUGAGCUUUUGCCAUCAAAAAGGGCUGUCUGGAAAGAGAAGAAGCCCACAAAGAAGCCCAAACAUCUCGUGACCAGCAAACUGACUCUGGAUCUCGCACCCGAUGACGAGAAGCUAUUCCGCAUCCCUGGUCCAGCCGCAUCGUCAAGUAAGCAACGGCGCGAGGCGCUCAAUCUCAAGAAGCUUGUUCUUUGCGACGAAGACGCCAUAGCAAACGAACGAGACGUGGAAGCUUUUGACCUUGACCACGACUCCGACGGUGGCUCUGUCCAUGGCUUUUCUUUGCAAGACAUCUCGCUUGCCUGUGAGGAUUGGAACGACAACAUUCAUCGUAUAGAGGAUGCAUUUUCCUCACAGUUGGCAGCCGAAUCCGCCACUACUAGCCAGAGGCGUCCUGUGGAAGACGCAGAUGACGAAUGGGAUGCGGAGUUUUUGCAAGAUAUGCAGGACGUUAAACCGAGUCUGAAACGAAAAAGACCAAUCCCCAAGGGUCUCCCCGCUAUUCCAAAGUACGGUGUUACGUCAUUUGACAACUUUGAAGCAACGACAAAGCUCGGAGCUAAGCGUGUACAUCUCGACCUGAAUGAUCCCCAUCUUCUACUUGAGACGAAUUUCAGCCGAGCUGCGGUGAAUGGCGCCAACAGAGGAGAUUCUGCCGAUAAAAGAGUGUCUAAUAGCAACAUUGGACGUAGUAUCUCAAAGCGUUUCAACUUGUCUAACGACGAAGCAUAUGACCUGCUCAAGGAGAAUCACCAGAGCAAGGUUCGUGCUACGAUUGGUCUUAUCACCAUGGAACACAGUCUGCCAGCCGACAAGCUUUGCUGGCCCUUUUACAAAGUUAAGCUUCCUGGUACUACAGAUGAGUAUCAUCGGCCACGCUUCCGCUAUCGAAAAUUUGCUGGUCACGUUAUCCGGUUUGAGAAACCGCAUCAUUAUAAGCGUAAGAUGAUGAAGGGCAAAUCUCAUGAUGUUUUCAACAAAUCCAAAGAUCUUAGUCUUGGCGAUAAUGCGACUGCCGUGCUCAUGGAAUACUGCGAACCUCGACCCCGAGUUUUGAACGGAUUUGGCAUGGGAAACAAGGUCAUCAACUACUAUCGCCGCAAGGACAAUGUUGAAGAAGAGCAACUACCUAAGCUUGAUCUCGGUGAAUAUCGAACGCUGCUUCCCGAGGAUAGAUCGCCAUUUUCGUUAUUUGGCAGCGUGGACUCCGGAGAGACCGUCCCAACCCUUCACAACGAAAUGUACCGAGCUCCUCUAUUUAAACACGACCCUAGGAAAUCGGACUUUUUGAUUGUACGAAACACCACGGGUACGGAAGGCUCACAUUGGUUUCUUCGAAAGAUUGACCAUCUACAUGUGGUUGGUCAAACCUUUCCAGCCGUUGAAGUUCCAGGACCACACAGCAGAAAGGUCACGACAACGUCGAAGAACAGAAUGAAGAUGCUGGCAUACCGCAUGAUUCGCCACAGUCAGAACGACAACUUCAACUUGACACAGAUGACAAAACACAUUGCUGAAUCUACAGAUACUCAGAACCGACAGAAGCUGAAAGAAUUUCUGCAGCAUGAUAAAGAUACUGGGGAAAAAGGCAUGUGGAAGCUCAGAAGUGGCGAAGCUUUACCAGAUGAAGCCGCAAUUCGUGCCAUGAUCAAGCCAGAAGAUGUCUGCCUUCAAGAUGCCAUGCAACUGGGUAUCAAGGAGCUUGAAGAUGCCGGAUACGAUCCGCGCAACACCAACAUUGACGAUGAUGCUGUGUUGGGUGAGGAAGAUGAUGAUGACGGCGAUGAAGAAGGAAGCAAGGCUCCGAAGGGGACGAAGAAUGCAGAAAAGGUCGAAGAGACCCUUGCUGACAAACUUGCUCCUUGGGUUACUACAAAAGCCUUUAUCGAUGCCUGCGCUCACAAGGCAAUGCUCCAGCUUCACGGAGAAGGUGACCCUACUGGCCAUGGCCUUGGCUUCAGUUUCAUGCGCACAUCCAUGAAAGGUGGUUAUCUUGAGAAGGUUCAAGGGCCUCUAGCGACAUCCGCCGAUGCUAUUGAGCGUGAGAAGCGUGCCAACGGUGGUCACGCGUAUAAUGUCAAAAAGCAGCAAGCCAUGUACGAAGAAGGUAUUCGUGAAAUUUGGGACAAGCAAAAGGCUACGCUGCAAGACACCAAAGAACACGAUGACACAGAUAUCCAGACGAACGAAGAUGAAGACGACCGAUUCAAUGUUCACUCUGCCGCCACACCAGCUCAAUUCGAUGACGGUGUAAGUCAAAUUAGCGGCCUAACCUCAGCAAGCCGCCACGCAAAACGAGCGAUCCGCAUCAACCGCGAAAUCCGCAUGCCCGACGGAAGCACGAAAACGAUUUCUGAAAUAGUCCACGACCCUGUCGUUAUAACGCAGUAUAUGAAACGGCGUACGGAAGCCGAACUGGAAGAAAAAGACAUCUACACAUCUCGACCUACGGGUAAUGCCGACCACGACCGUCUUGCAGGCAUUCGAAUUAAGAAGGAGCUUGAACGACUUGAAAAGAACAAGGCAAGACGACAGGCCCGAGAGCAGCAAAAAGAGCUGCACCAGAAAGCCCGAGAAGGAGAUGCUGGAUCUCCUGGGGCUGCCGAUAAGCUCAUCCCAACGGGAACCACAAGAAAGUGCGCCAACUGCGGAUUGGUUGGCCACAUUAAAACGAAUAAAAAGCUUUGCCCGCUUCUCAACGGCACAAAACACGUCGAAACCGACGCCGCGGAACAUGGAGGCUUUGGCACAUACAACGCAGGCAAAGGCGAGUAAAGACGGUAUUGUCUGCCACUGGGGCAAGGGAUACGUCUACAAGAGGAGGAAUCUGUAUUUGGAGUUUUGUACGGGAGACGAAAAGCAAACAGGUUUGCAUAGGCCCUACAGAGUCAGGGGGAUAGAGGCCAGAACACAUGGUGGACUUUCGCUUCGCUUGCGCCAGACAGGCUGCCAGCAACUACAUGGAAUAUGGCACGAGAUGGCAUAUUAUCGAGGCUGGAGCGUCUACAGCAAAAACCCCGAGACUAGUGUAAUAUACCCAAAGAUUGUAUAUUUCUUGAC